AUGGGUCGAUCUUCAAAUCGUCGUUCAGGUGGCUUAAGUACUAGGUCAUCCUUUUUGAAAUCAUCAUCAAAUGGAUUGGGCAAAGGAAAUAACACAAAUGCUCAAAAUUAUUCAGGAGGAAAUGUUAUGCAGCCACAACAAAAAUCAGGAGGGUUUAUAUCAAAUAUGAUGGGAACAGUAGCUAGUGGAAUGGCAUCAGGUGUUGGCUUUGGAGUUGCUCAAAGAGCUGUUGACUCAAUUUUAGGACCACGACAUGUCGAAGUACUUCAUCCCAAUAAUAAUUCCCAGUUAAAUCAAGCCGGAGCAAUGAAUAUGGAAAGAAAUAACGAUCUUAAAUGUAAAACAUUUAGAGAUGAACUCAAUCAAUGUAUGAUGUCACAUUCAGAUAUCAGCUUAUGUCAGAAUUAUGCCAAUUCCCUAAAGGCAUGUCAACAAUCCAUGUAA